AUGUGGAAAUCUGCAUUCCCCACGGCCAUAGCGGCCGAUCUCUCGCUCCUGCAAAGUGGCCGCUGUCUAAGCUGCCAAUUCCGCAACCCAGCCACUCUCACACGCCUCCGGGCCAGGCCAUUCGCUGCGCGCCAAUAUGCAAACAAGGCCGAGAACACAACCGACACCAAAGACCCCUCGCCCGUGCUCCGAACCAGAAAAGACGAGGCAAGAAGUCGCCUGACGAGUGCCAUUGAAUUCAAGCAGAACCCGACCAGUCAGGAUGGCCCCCAGCCUGGAGAUUCAGACUUCGUCCCUCCCAGUCUUGAUCGACCAAUUGGUAGCCCGGAGCCACCGCUAGAAGGAGAGAACACCGGCGUUGAUCCACGAUCGAUGCGCCAGCGUCGCGACGACUUCACAAACUAUGAUCGACACAUCAAGCGGCGCAAGGAAUUGACAAAGCAAGUUGCCAAACCUUACUUCCGCGAAUGGUCCAACCUCCGCUUCGCCGAAGGUAAGACCUUCGUCUCAAACCCACGUCUUUUCAAAGCCGAUCGAGCCCUCUUCUUCCCCAAUAUGCGUGGUGUCACCCUGGCAUCCCCGAAAGAUCCCCAAGACACAACGACCCAGCUGCGCGGUAGCAUCAGUGUUGUAAGCCUGUUCUCGAGCCUGUGGGCCGAGACUCAAGUUGCGACCUUCACUGGACCGAAGCAAAACCCCGGUCUGGUGGAAGCUAUUGCCGAUGGCGGGCGUUUUGUUCAGAGGGUUGAUAUCAACUUGGAGGAGAACCGCAUGAAGGCGUUCCUUGUGAAAACAUUCAUGUGGCGCAUGCGACAGAAGCUGGCGAAGGAACAGCACUCGCGGUACUUCCUUGUGCAAAAAGGAUUUGUUCAGGCUCUCAAGGAGACUAUUGGCAUGAUGAACUCGAAAGUUGGAUAUGUCUACCUUGUUGAUUCCGAAUGUCGCAUUCGUUGGGCCGGCAGUGGUCCGGCAAAUGCAGCUGAGCUGGCGGGUCUCAACGCUGGCGUGCGGAAGCUUGUCGAGGAGAAGAAGGCUGCGCUGCAAGCGCAGGACCCGAAUCGCAAAUAUUGA